UAUUAGUCACUUAGGUAUCAUUAAUUAUCCUAUUGUAGCUUAUAGUAUAAAUAUUGCAUGUUUAUGAGAAUUGUAACUCAAGCUUCUCUAUUCAGCUUCCACUUCUAAACCACUUUUGUUGAUUUUCUCAAUAAUGAAAAAGGCUUUCUGUAUUCCUCUAUUGCUCCUUGUAGCAUUCUUGUAUGCUACUUCUGCUGUAGCAAGAAAUGAUCCCUCAGGGAAUGAAGUGAAAACAGAAGGGAAGGUUGCAAAUGAAGGGGUGACAAAGCCAAACCUACAAGGACCCAAUGAAGAUGAAAAAUUCAUAGGAUUUUUUCAUCUGAAACACAAACUCAAAGGAUAUUUUCACAAGAAACCAAUUUACUAUAAGCCUAUACCAAAAUACAUUCCAACUUAUAAGCCAUUCCACAAACCAAUCACAGUGGAAAAACCUAUCCCUUCUGUUGUUGAGCCAGAAGCAUUUCUUAAGCAUAAGCAUUAUUUCUUCAAAAAGCCAAUUAUUCCCAUUGUUAAACCUGUUUAUGUUCCAAUUUACAAGCCUAUUCCAAAGGUGAUUCCAAUUUACAAACCUAUUCCAAAGGUGAUUCCAAUUGUUAAGCCAAUUCACUAAUCAGUUUGAGACGAAGAAAUAAUAUAUCCAAAGUGUUCCCAUACAAGAAUUACCAUGUUUGAAAAGUUGUGUUCCAUUCCAUAAAGGGCUACACCUGUCUAUAUUUCAACUGUGUUAGCAUAACCUUACCUUGUGUAAUUUUAUCAUAUGCUUUGAGGAAACAUGUCUUGUGUAUUAGUAAAUGUUUUCACCUUAAUAAAAUUCUCAGUUUACCAAUUGUCA